UCAGACUGAGCCCGUAAGCCCCGCCCGCUGUUGGAUCAACAGACACACGCUCGUUUGUCGCUCCUGCUGGAACGUUAAAGGCUCGCGGCUGUUGUUGUUUUUUUUAUCGUUGUUUAUAUUAGUUUGCCGGAGCGUCGCGUGCAGGGCGGAGUGACGGUCGCAGGAUCCCCGCGCAAGAGUUGAGCACGGAUCGUGAAGCGGUUUCGUUCAGUGGAGGGUUCGAGUGAAUUCAGCCGAGCGAGUGCAGCGGAGGACGCAGUGGAGCCGUCACCAUGUGCAUUUGACAAGUAACCGGUGACUAACGUGGGGCCAUACAGGCGAGCUGAUGAGGAUGACGAUGGUGAGUGAGCUCUUACCAUAGUGUCUGAUGGUUUGGUAAUAAUGGACGUCCUCAAUGGCCAGCUCGGCAUCUCCACCUUCACGACCCCGGCCUCAGAGAGGAGCAGCAGCUCAGAGUCCCUCAGUGAGAAGGGUCCCUCGGAGCUCAAGAGUUUCGACGCUGUGGUGUUCGACGUGCUGAAGGUCACGCCAGAGGAAUAUGCAGGUCAGAUCACUCUCAUGGAUGCUCCGGUCUUCAAAGCCAUCCAACCUGAGGAACUCUCUAGUUGUGGCUGGAACAAGAAGGAGAAACACAGUUCAGCUCCCAACGCUGUGGCCUUCACACGACGCUUUAACCAGGUGAGUUUCUGGGUGGUGAGGGAGAUUCUUCAUGCUCAGACUCUGAAGAUCAGAGCAGAAGUGUUGAGCCUCUAUAUCAGAACAGCAAAGAAACUGUGUGACAUGAACAGUCUCCAUGCAGUGAUGGCAGUAAUAUCUGCUUUACAGAGCGCCCCCAUCUUCAGGCUCACCAAGACCUGGGCUCUUUUGAGUCGAAAGGACAAGGCCACGUUUGAGAGGCUGGAGUACUUGAUGUCUAAAGAAGACAACUAUAAACGCUUGAGAGAUUACAUCAGCAGCCAGAGCAUGACAUCCUGCAUCCCGUAUCUGGGUAUAUAUCUGUCUGAUCUGACCUACAUCGAUUCUGCGUAUCCAUCCACCGGCAGCAUUCUGGAAAACGAACAGCGUUCCAACCUCAUGAACAACAUUCUGAGAAUAAUCUCAGACCUGCAGAGAUCCGUUGAAUAUGAUAUCCCAGUAUUGCCGCACGUCCAGAAGUAUCUUAACUCUGUGCGCUACAUUGAGGAGUUACAGAAGUUUGUGGAGGACGACAAUUAUAAGUUAUCCCUAAAGAUUGAGCCACCAGCUACCAGCACACCUCGCACCACUGCCUCCAGAGAAGACCUCACAGGUCCAGAUAAAUCUGCAUCACCUUUAUGUGGUCGUCGAGGUAAUGUUGCUGAAGGUGCCCUGUCUAAAGUCCCGCCGACGCCACCCUCACCCCGGAACCUCAUCACCUAUGGACACAGGAAGAGCCACAGCCUCGGCUACAAUUUUAUCCACAAAACGAACACGGUGGAGUUUAAAAGCGCUACUUUCCCCAACGCCGGAUCCAGACACCUGUUGGACGACAGCGUGCUGGAAAGUCACACGCCCACACGAGGACAGGCAGAGAGCUCAACACUGUCUAGCGGCAUUUCACUGGGAAGCAGUGAAGGGUCGGAGCUCAGUGAGGAGAUGUCAUGGCCUGCCUUUGAGAGGACUCGGUUCUACCACUCUCUGGGCCCCGUCAGCAGGGUGGGCCGCAUUACCUGCAGAGGAGCGCUCAGGUCCAGCAGCUCUGCAGAUUCGGAGGAGCUGGCAGUGCAUCUGUACCCAGGAGCCAUCACAGUUCAGGGGGUUUUACGCAGGAAAACAGUCCUCAAGGAGGGCAAGAAACCCACGGUGGCAGCGUGGACUAAGUAUUGGGUGGCUCUUUGUGGUACUCAGCUUUACUACUAUACUGCCAAGUCCCUCAAGGCCACAGAGAGGAAGCAUUUCAAGUCUACCGCCAGCAAAAGUGUUUCUGUUUUGGGCUUAAUGGCCAUGAUGGCAGAUGACCCGGAGCAUCCAGACGUCUUCCUGCUGACUGACUCUGAGCACGGAAACUCCUAUAAGUUCCAAGCAGGGAACAGAAUGAACGCUCUGCUGUGGUUCAAACACUUGAGUGCAGCUUGUCAGAGCAACAGGCAACAGGUCCCAGCGAAUCUAAUGUCCUUUGAAUGAGUGAAACCAGGGCGAAUCCAACACGGCUGGAUGACAGAGGAAUAUGAAGAUCACUGGGGAAGGAGCAGAGGCCUGGGACGAAUGAAAGAGCAAAUGACUCGUGUUUUGUGUGCGUUGGAGCUUUUCCACUGCCAUCACCCAGCCUGAACCCCACGGCAAACUCCUUGAGCACCACUGCCUUAACAAGCAGAAUGUGUGUGUGUGUGUGUGUGUGUGUGUGUGUGUGUGUGUGUGUGUGUGUGUGUGUGAGAAAGAGAGAGAUGCGAUGCCCCCGGCAGCAAUGGUGUCCCCUCCGCUGGAAGGACCCGAUUCCUCCUUCCUUUUAAAUUUUAUUUACACUUCCUGCAUUUCAAUCCGAUUCCCAGCAAGCGAGGAACGUGGAAUCUUCUUGGGAUCUUCUUGAAGGACUCUUCAUGGACCUGUGGAGUUUGUUUACACCUUCUUUACUUGUUUGUUGCUUGAGUUUUAUGUAGUAAAUCUAAUCAGCGCUCCUCCUUCUUUGACAAAACACACGUAGGAAGCUCUCCGGCUCUGUAGAUCGAUCCUCAAACACUCACACAAGAUGCUAAUUGCGUCUUCAGACACUUGAGUAAGGCUAGCGCAAGCACAACAAAAGAUUUUCCACAAACAGGUUUCAACUGCAGAAAAUGGAAGUCCCUCAUUUAUUAAAAAUGAGGGACUUCCGAAAGGGCUCCGAUAAUCCAUGAAUUCCAGAUGAAGAGAAACUCUUUUUAGCUCAUAUCAACACAAACACACACACACAAACCUGUCUGUUUUGCUCGAAGGCACCUAAGAUGUUCGAAAGAAGGGCGUGUAGGAAGACAAGAUUGAGGACGGAAGAGCUCAUCAAGCAGGAAAAACAAGAUGUUUGAAGCCACUCCUUUAUGUUAAGACUCGUACAGCUUCAAAACAUCUGCAAUAAAGCACACCGGUUUACACAAGUUCAGUCAAACGGUAAAAGAAGCGUUUGUUCGCUUUUGGAUUCGCAGUACGAGUCGUCUUCGAGGACACUCCUACAUAAACACACAUUUCAAGCUGUGAAUGUUAGUGGGAACAGACGUCAGUUGGUUUACAUCUUACAUGUAUUUAGCCCCAUUCAAUCUUUUUUUGUUGUUGUUUGUUUUGAUUUAGUUUUUCCAGCCUUACCAAUUGUUUUCCAAUGGAACGGUGGGAAUCGGAGCAGGAGAUAAGUCACAUGUGCACUUGUGUUUUCUGCAGAAUCAGUGGCCCACCACUAUUAUUGUUUUGCUUAUAUGUGGUUUUUAUUUUAUUAUUUUAUUUCAGUAUUACUGGGAUAGUUGCACAUGUCUAGACAGUUUUAAUUUUGUUACAUAAUCAAUGUUUUUCAUUCUGAUUUUGAAAGUAACGCCUCAUUGACUUGGUUUUUGUGAGAUGUUUACUUCUCGUUGAGCCAUUAAGGUUAGAGAACCGCUUUAUCAGUUUCUAUUGGGAACAAGAGAUUUCUGUAAAGCUUUGAACAAAUGAUUAGCGUUCAUGCAGCGUCAUGAAGCAGGAGGCCUUAUCCGCCGGACCAGGAUGUCUCAGGACGUUCAGUUAGAUGGGUCCAUCUUUAUCUUUCCACUGCACUUGAUCCUGUGCUUCUGUGUUUCAUGGACCAGACUCUGCUCUACUGUUUCCAGUCGGCUUGGACGUCAUAGUCUUGUUUCAAACACUCUGAGAAGAGGAGGGAGGAUCUUGGGUAAUAAAAGACAUGAAUCCAACGUUGCUUGGAUGAUGAUUGCAAGAGACUUCUUCCAGAGUUUCGAAGUACUGCGGCUUCAUUGUUUGGCCAACAAUGAUAAACCAAAUUGACAUAAAUAAAUGGUAACUGAGGAACUGGUUUAUACUCGGCCUGAGUUAAAUAACGAGCUCUCGUCGCUUGUUUGAGGUGCUUUUGUGUGGGAUUUGAGUGGAGAUGAUUGGAUGCUGAGGUCGAGGGUUGGGGAACUCCCCACCUUGCUUUACUUGUCUUCUUAAAACAAUAUUUUUGUAAGCUGUCUUUAACCCAAAAGAGAGGAUUUUCUAGGAAAUGGGGCGUUCAGCACCGGCAAUACUGGGACAUUUGAGAAAUGCUGGUUGUGCCCGGUUUCGCUGAUCUGGGGUGGGUUUUGUUUACAUGCGUUUGUAUCGUUCUGAGCCUUUAAUGUCAGGUAUUAGCACUUUGGGUUGUGAAAAGCUCUGAGAUAUCUGAAGCUCUGCCACAUAAAUGAUGAGGGGAAGAAGGUAUGGAAGUCAAUCAGCGAAAUGAGACGCUCGAAAAGCUGUCGACAAAGUGUUUACAUGAUAAAUGAACGUGAAUGUCGGUUUGAUUCAAGCUGUGAAAGUCUCGUGAGGCUGGAUUGUCAGUGUUGAGCCGUCGUGAAAGCAGAGCGGUUUCGGGCGAUCUUGACCAAUUAAAGGAGAAAGGUGUUGAAAUGGGGAUAUAUAUAUUUUUUUUUUUAUAAACGUAGUGGAACAUCACACCAGACAUUUUACUGAUAUGAUUUGCGCAUCUUGACAGGUCUCCAGGCUUUUCCAGCAGGGACUUGAAGUAAAGUAAAUGAUGAUUCUGUUGUUUCUGUGGCAUUUUCUUGCUUUAUUUCUCUAAAAUGUCAUGAAUGACGGUUGAUGUUAUGGAAUAGUAAGAGCAAGAAACUGUAUGGUUUAUAAAUGGUGGGAAACAUGACUAAGCUGCUUCUGGACUUUUCUGGAUUGUUUUUGUUCCAGUUGUUUAUUAUUUCACACUACAUGUCUACUCUGUCUCUCUCUGACUCCCUUUUUUCGUGAACGAGAUUGAAUCUUUGAUCCCGAGAUUGAUGUUUUUUUUUUUUUUUUUUACCCCCUAACUGUAGUUGUGUUAAAUGUAAUUUAUGUUGCUGGUUUGUCUUUUUUUUUUUCUUUACAGGUAAUAUUAUGUUCAGUCUUUUCAUUGAAAUUCUUUAUAUCUCUUCAUACUUUGUAUGUUUCAGCUUCACUGUCUUUAUAUUUACAGUGCGUAUGAAAUCAUACUGUACACACAUGUGAUAGAUGCUGCUUGCUUUGGCUGUUUGAACUUCACCGCAUCACUUGUUUUAUGUGGUGGUGUGUUACAACGGACUCAUACAGAUUUGUAGUGAGUUGUUUAAGAAAUGAAUUUGCUUGUGUGUGCGCGUGUGUGCCACCCUCAUCUCCUCCCUGUCUGCCCCCACAGUGCCUGGGACACGACCCAGCGGAGCGCUAUGACCUUUAACCUGAGAGAUGUGCUCCGGGGUUCCAGACCGGACAAAACUAAUAAACACUUUUGGUUGUAUGUUUUUUAA